AGCAGAGAAGGCAGAUCAGAAACCUCAGUCGUCUCACUUCUUCACAUCACGCCACCAUUUUUUCACUUUAGUGUUGCGCAGUAGUACACCACCAUCACCACCACCAAUGCAUGCAAACUCAACCAGCAGUCUCGUCUUAACCCCUAGCAGCUACCGCCUAAAAGCCUAGAGCUAGAAGAAGCAUUCAGAGCUCAGGAGAGGGAGGAGCAAGCUGGACUGCUGCUGCUGGUGGUGGUGGUGGUGUGUAGGCUGCAGCUGCAUUUCAUCCCGGGAGAAGAUUUCGUUGGGUUUUUCUCUGUUACUUGACUAAUACUUGUGAAGCUGGAUUUGUGAUCCCCGGUGCGGUUGGUGCGCUUCUUGGCGCUCAAUUCGGUCCAAGAUUGUAGGCUCCCGGAUCAAAAUCUGUUAUUGGAGCCAAAUUUGUUGCGAGAUUUGAGGUUUCCUUGCGUGCUUGGAGUUGAAAAUCAUUGGAGCCUCGGGAGAGGGGAGGCGUAGAUUCUUCUGUUGCUUCAGUUAAGUUGCUAUGAGACAAUGAGGGAAGAGAGCAACAAGAAGAGCAAGCUCUCAUGGUCCAAAUCCCUUGUGAGGAAGUGGUUCAACAUCAAGAGCAAGGCAAACGAUUUCCAUGCGGACUAUGAUGCUAGCCAAGUUUGGGCUGAAUUUGCUUGGUGAUCCAGGAAGAAAUGGUCAUGGAGGUGAAUGGAGGACCAGCUGCUCAGAGAGGGAGGCAGGCACAGCCAAGAAAAGCAGAACUGACCGGAUGCCAAAGAAGAAUGCCGACUGCAUUCGUCGAGGAAGGACUGAAUCUGAUGUGUCACGCCUGACUGAAGUUCAAGAUUACAGAAUAUUUGCUUCAACAUGGAAUGUGGGUGGUAAAUCCCCAUCAAAGGGAUUAGAUUUAGAUGAGUGGCUCCACUCUUCACCUCCUGCUGAUAUCUAUAUUCUAGGAUUUCAAGAAAUUGUUCCUUUGAAUGCUGGAAAUGUUCUUGGUACUGAAGAUAAUGUUCCAGCAAAAAAGUGGGUAUCCCUCAUUAGGAGGACACUGAACAGGAAUCCUGGGGCUAGCAGCUAUGGUGGCUAUCACACACCAUCUCCUGUCCCUGAUCCAGUUGUUGAACUAGAUGCUGAUUUUGAGGGAUCAUCGAGAAGACAUGAUAACUUGUCAUUUUUCCAUCGGCGAUCAUUCCAGAACCUUAGUCAGAGUUUAAGAGUCGAAGGAAAUUAUAUGUCAUCACAGCCAAGGUUGGACCGUAGGUUCAGCGUUUGUGACCCAGUUAGCUUGGGCGGCAGACCAAGUGAUUUUGAUGGAAAUUUCCCAUGUGCGGGAUCACCAGAUGAUGAAUAUAUUGAGGAGGAUGGAAGCAAUGGAACUUAUUUUUCACCGUUUCCAUAUGGCUACGGUACCUCAAUAGCUAUGGAGGAAAACGAUGAGCAACCAAAUACCUCUAGGUACUGUUUGGUUGCCAGCAAGCAGAUGGUUGGUAUAUUUCUCACAGUUUGGGUGCGCAGCGAAUUAAGAAAUGAUGUGAAAAAUCUUAAAGUCUCUUGUGUUGGUAGAGGUCUAAUGGGGUAUCUUGGAAAUAAGGGUUCGAUAUCAAUAAGCAUGUCUUUGCAUCACACAUCCUUUUGUUUUAUCUGUUGUCAUUUGACAUCUGGAGAAAAGGAGGGGGAUGAAUUGCGCAGAAAUUCUGAUGUUAUGGAAAUCUUAAGAAAGACUAGAUUUCCUCGGGUUCGUGGUGCUGGUGACAUUAAGUCACCAGAAACCAUUCUUGAGCAUGAUCGUAUCAUAUGGCUUGGGGAUUUGAAUUACCGGAUUUCCCUUUCAUACUGCUCGGCAAAAGCACUCGUUGAAAUGCAUAACUGGAAGCAACUGUUGGAGAAAGAUCAACUACGAAUAGAACGAAGAUGCGGACGCGUUUUCCAGGGGUGGAAAGAAGGACGGAUUUAUUUUCCUCCAACAUACAAAUAUUCAUUCAACUCAGAUCGCUAUUCUGGGGAGUGUGUGCAUUCAAAGGAAAAGCGAAGAACACCAGCUUGGUGCGAUCGUAUUCUAUGGCAUGGUAAUGGACUCAUUCAGUUAUCUUAUGUUCGUGGAGAGUCGCGCUUCUCCGACCAUAGACCGGUGUACAGCAUUUUCAUGGCGGAGGUUGAAAUUAUCCGCCAGAGGAGAAGAAAUAUGGGCUGUUUCAACUCUAGAGUUGAGGUGGAAGAGCUUCUGCCAUAUUCUUACAGCUUUGGAGACAUCAAGUUCAACUAAGUCAGCUCAUUAUAUGUUAUGCUCAAGUUUUCUGCUUUGUGUUUAUGUUGACAAAUGAAGGGUUCAAAUUCUAGUAAAUGAUCAGAUGUGAAUGUGCCAAUAUUUUUCCAUCUGGUUUUUUUUUUGUUAGCCUUCAGAUGCACACUUCUUGUUUAAUUGACUAUCACCAAGCCUGAAGCAUGUGCAGAUGCUUGUGAAAAACAUUAUCCAAAAAACUAACAUAAAGGGCAGUUGGGCAAUUUUGCAACUAACCAAUUUCCUGGAAGUAUCAGCCCACACAACUAAUUAUACAGCUCAACCAGCUCUCAUGUUCCAGUUCAUUUCUACUUUUGUUUUAAGACUGAUAAGUGCCAUCACUUCUCUUUUUCCCUUUGCAUUUUGGGAACUUUUGUAAGCUGGCCAUUGUAUCAGCAUGAGGUGUAAAAUCAUUGCAAAUCGGCAAGGGGAAUGAAUGAUAACUUGGAUCGAACUAAUUCCAGAUAAUGAUUUCUAGCGCAAGGGGAGAAUGAUAAGUUGAUGUGACUUGAGAGAGUUGCAAAGUUAUGCUAAUCAUGUGCAUACCUUUCUGAUGGUGUACUUGUGAAGCUAAAUGAUGCUUGCAUUUGCUGCCCUCAUUGUUGUGGCAUACUACUGGAGUAUUAAACAAAAGCUUAAUCCCAUUGUUUUACUUGGAUUACACAGAGGCAUGUUUCCUUUCUGGAAUACAUGGUGAGACACAGUGUCAGCUUGCAUGUACCCUGCAUUGGUUGCUGUCAUUGUAGUACAAUGUACAUGGCAUAUAUGAAAAGCAUCCAUUUGGCAA